AUGACCGACAUAGGAGUAAGAAGAGUGGUACUAGGAGUGGUACUAAGAGGAACGUUCCAUUGGGCGUCCAAAGCAAGAUGUCACAGCUCCUCCGUCGAGGUUCUCCGGCUGCUCGUAGUGGCAGACGCAGUCGUGUGGGUCACCAUGGUUCAACAAGGAAACCAAGAACAGGUUCUUCUAAGGGAGAGAAGCGACGAGAACAGGUUUGGGAACGUCUUACGCGUUUCUCAACAACAAGAAAUGGACCCUGGCAAGAGAGCACGUGGAGCCACGGUUAGAUGUCGUCUGGAUAGAGCCGUAGGAAAUGAGGACUGGCAUGAGAAAUUUCCACAUUCGGCUGUUAAAAAUAUGAGGUUAUGGGGAUCAGAUCAUCGUCCGGUCCUAGCAGACAUCCUAACGAAACCAAUACGGAAGUAUAAGAAAUUCAAAUUUGACAAAAGGUGGCUGGAUAACGAGGAACUGAGGCAAGUGAUUCUUGGCGGAUGGAAAUCCCCAGAUCUACCCCCAGAUGCUAGUAUUAUGGAACAUAUUUCGAGCUGUCGUAAAGCAUUGGGGGAGUGGAGGAGACAGCACAAUCUGAACUCGGCAAAGCAAGUUGAGGAGUUAAAGGAGAAGGUGGAGAGUAUGUAUUCGAAUGAUGAUGCUACACCAGAAGAAAUAGCGGAAGAAUUGAAGGAACUAGCUGAUGCUCUUAAAGCAGAGGAGCUGUUUUGGAAGCAGAAAAGCAGGGUGUUCUGGUUGCGAGAAGGUGACAAAAACACAAAAAUUUUCCAUGCACUAACGAAGCAAAGGAGAGCGAGAAACAAGAUCACUCAGCUAUUAGAUGGAGAUGAGAAUGUUGUGGAGGAUGAGGAGGGACUAGUAGCCAUUGCUACUAGCUACUUUAGGCAAAUCUUUGAGUCCUCUAACCCAGAGGAGAUAGAAGAAGCGCUUUCAGAGGUAUCUACAACCAUUACUGGAUCAAUUAAUAAUGAUCUCGCUGCUCCGGUUACUGAAUGGGAAGUUAAAUUAGCCCUUUUUGCUAUGCUCCCUAAAAAGGCACCGGGCCCAGAUGGGAUGACAGCUCUCUUCUAUCAGAAAUUUUGGGACAUUGUAAAGGAGGAUUUAACUCAUAUGGUUAAUCAAUUCCUUUUCCAUGGAGAGGUAGCGAAUGGUUUGAAUGAUACAAACAUAUGUCUUAUCCCUAAGACGACUAGACCUAAUGUGAUGUCUCAAUUUCGGCCUAUCAGCUUAUGCAAUGUCAGUUAUAAGAUAAUCUCUAAGGUCUUAUGCCAGAGAUUAAGGAAAGUUUUACCUGAUCGAAUUUCGGAAACCCAGUCAGCCUUUGUUGCUGGAAGACACAUCUCGGACAAUAUUAUGAUUGCACAAGAGAUGUUCCAUGCGCUGAGAACUAAACCAAGCGGGAGAAAUAAGAGGAUGGCCAUUAAGACAGAUAUGAGUAAAGCAUACGAUAGGAUGGAGUGGUCAUUCAUUGAAGCAGUUAUGCGCAAGAUGGGAUUCUCUGAAGUCUGGAUCACUUGGAUAAUGAGGUGCAUCACUACGGUUAAAUAUAAGGUGCUCAUGAAUGGGCAACCAAGGGGAAAUAUAGUCCCGAACAGAGGUUUACGUCAAGGAGAUCCUUUGUCUCCUUUCAUCUUUAUUCUUUGCACGGAAGCGCUCAGGAUAGGUGUAAAUCUCAGACAGCAAAUCAAGGAUAAACUGGGGAUACAGAAUGAGAGAGGUAUGGGAACAUAUCUUGGAAUCCCAGAAGAUAUCAGCGGAUCUAAAUGCAAGCUAUUUGCGUUCCUGAAGGAGAAAUUAAUGCAUAGAGUGAAUGGAUGGACGGGGAGGUGGCUAUCAAAAGGAGGAAAGGAAGUUUUGAUAAAAUCUAUACUGUUAGCACUCCCGACAUAUGUUAUGUCUACCUUUUUGCUCCCGCUGGAGAUAUGUAAGAACCUCGCAAGUGCCAUUGCACAAUUCUGGUGGAGCUCAAAUCCACCAAAGAGAGGGAUUCCUUGGGCUAAAUGGGAGAAGAUGUGUUUACCAAGAGAAGAGGGUGGGAUUGGUUUCCGGAUGAUCCAUGAGUUCAACCUGGCUUUACUAGCCAAACAACUAUGGAGACUAGUCCAACUCCCCGACUCGUUGGUAGCUCGAGUACUGAGAGGAAGAUAUUAUAGAAUGAGCUCGCCUUUACGAUUGCAUUCUGUGAGUGUCCCAUCCUACGUCUGGUCCAGUAUAUCAGCGGCACAAAAAUUACUACUUUUGGGGAUUAGACAAAAAAUUCAUUCUGGAUAUGAGGUUAGGGCUUGGGAGGAUCCUUGGAUCCCUGCUACACCAGCUAGGCCGGCAAGACCUAUUGCUCCAGUCCUCCAUCCAAACUUGAGAGUUAGUGAUCUCAUUAAUGGGGAAACAAGGGAGUGGGAUGAUGGAUUACUAGAAAAGUAUGUCAAUCCAGAUGAUAUACACCUCAUUAAGAGUUUGGCCAUAAGCUCAACUCACCACAGAGACUCCUUCUGCUGGAAUUGUACCAAAAAUGGCCAAUACACAGUUAAAUCGGGAUAUUGGGUAGCACGGAACCUAAUGAGGAAUGAUGAAGAUAAGGAGAUCCUGGAACCGAGCAUCACCAAACUCCAAGCCUUUGUUUGGAAGUAUUUACGCCAACAUGAUUAUCUCUUCUGGAGGAAGAACAACAUUGAUGCACCAGAGCUUGACAGAGACCCUUAUCCUCGGAUAAUUUGGUAUAUCUGGAAGGCCCGAAAUGAUAAACUGUUUAGAGGAAUAGACAGAGACCCUAUGGAACUAGUUAGAUAUGCUGAAAGUGAAUGCCAGGCUUGGUUUAAUGCCAAUGAGAGGAUACCGGAUAACCCACGUGAGCUGCACAAUGAGGAACUCCAAGCCAUAAGCUUGGAUAAUAUAUGUAUGGUGGAUGGAUCAUGGACUUCCAUGGCACAGUUUAGUGGCUGCGGAUGGGUCUGGAAGGAUAGUCUGGGACAGACACAGCUUAUGGGAAUGCGCAACUUAAGUAGGAGAGAGACUUCUUUGCAUUCGGAAGUGGAGGCACUAAGGUGGGCAAUGGAGAGCAUGCUUCUACAUUCUUCGUGUCAGAGCUUUGGAACAGAUUGCAAAGACCUAAUAGCAAUGAUACGAGAACCUCAAGCUUGGCCAAGUUUCGCGACUGAAUUGGAGGCAAUAAAGACGCUCCAGCUAUGUUUUCCAGAAUUCAAGAUCUCUCACAUGCCACGAGCACAAAAUGGAAUAUCUGAUUCGUUAGCUAAGUCUGCUAGAUCCUUUUAUAGGAAGCUUUGUUAG